AUGCCAAUAUCCCUAAAUAGUGUCAGUCAAGAAGAUCUUAAAGAAUUAGAAAAAGGAGAAAUAGAACCAGUUUUAUAUAAAGGAAGUCAAAUAGAAUUUAUAUAUAAUAAAUUAAAGCUGGGUGAAGGAAAGUUAUAUAUAUUAGAAAAAAGAUUAAUAUGGUUAAAUGAAAAUGAAUCAAAAAAAAAAGUAACAAAUUUUAAAGAAUUGGCAACUAAUAAUAUAUACAUGAAUCAUUAUGAAAAAAAUAGGGAAUUUUAUUUGCAUCUUUUAAAUGAUGUUAACAGUAUUAGUAUAGACUCGUCAAACAUCGCUUUACAUGCAAUAUCUUCAGAUAAAAAGAUAUGCAAUGAUUCAUGUGUGUAUAUACAGUUAAAUACAUUUAUAUCUGAUUAUUUUGAAAAUGAAAAAGUUAAAAAUAACAAAGAUAUAGAAGGUUGUGUAAAGGGUGAUAACAUAAGUGGUGAUGAAGAAGCUAAUUCAGAUGAUGAUACACCUUAUGAUGAAACAAUAACACCUGAAAUAUUACUAAUAUGUAAAAAUGAACCAGAAAAUGAUGCUAUUUUUCGUCACUUAAGUAAUAUGGAUAAUUGCUUAAAUGAUGAUGACAGUGACGAAUAUGAUUAUGAAGAAGAAAAUAAUUCAUUAAAUGAAGAUGAAGAUGAAGGAGAUGAAAUACAGCAAUAA